AUGAAAUGCCGCGGUGGUGGUUCGUCACUCUGUCAUGGCGCCACAUGUCCAAUAAUUCAACCUUGAAUGAAGUUGUUCGUCAAAACGAGACUUUAACCGAAACAAAAUGCAGGCUGCAAUGGAUAUCACGGCGAAAUACUGCGGCAAGGAAAUAGAAGCGUAUGGAGCUUGCGUUGCCGCGAAUCCAUCAUCGUGGCAACAGCAGUGUCACCACCUGAAGAUGAAGGUGUCGCAGUGCACAUCCUCACAUCCAGUGAUCCAGAAGAUCAGACAGGAGUGCACCAAGGAGUUUCAAGAGUUUGAGCAGUGCCUCAGGGAAAACCAAAACACACCUACCUCCUGCACGUCACAUGUGUCUCGAUUUUUGGGAUGUGCAGAAACUGUGGACCUCAGUGGAGUUGCGACAAAUGCACCGCCAUCGCAAUCAUAGCACUCUGCCAUCCUCCUUCGUCAUCAGUUUAGUAUCACAAGUGACUGUUAUGUGACAACACAUAGCCUCCUCUGUCUAUAGACUGAAUCUUUUGCCUCAAUGCUCUGUAAAUAUACACUUGAAGUCUGGUGUUGUGAGAAGGGCACGAUAAAGUUGGGUCUAACUUAUGGAAAGUACCAUUAAAGGUUACCUAUGAU